ACAUUUCAUCAAUCCGAAAACUUCCAAACUCAGCCGGCCUAUUUCUAGAACCCUCUUCAUCACCCCCUAAAACCCUUCAAGGGUUUUUCAUCAGCCCCCAUUAUCUUCAACAACCCCUUCAAACAAUCACAACUCAAUCCACCAAUUUUGCUUCUGGGUAUUCACAAUUAUGGCCCCUGUUUUAAGCAGAACACUAACACCAUCUUCCGUAGCCUCUGUUCCAUAUAGCCCACUAUUUUCAUCUAAAUUAAACACCCAAAACAGAUUAUCUUUGAGAAGUGGUUUUCUGCAUCAAAAUAGGGUGAAAAAUGGAAGCUUUUUAUGUUCUGGAUUGAAAUUGGAAGGUGGGAAAAGAGGGAGUGGUGUGGUGGUGAGAUGUGAGGCUUCUGCUGUUGCUGAAAAAGAAACUUCUGAAGGGUCUGGUGAGAUGUUUGAAUAUCAAGCUGAGGUUUCUCGUUUGAUGAAUCUGAUAGUUCAUAGUUUAUACAGUCAUAAGGAGAUUUUUCUUAGGGAGCUUGUGAGUAAUGCAAGUGAUGCGCUUGAUAAAUUAAGAUUCUUAAGUGUAACCGACCCUUCGCUGCUUGGAGAUGCUGGUGAGCUAGAGAUCCGUAUCAAACCCGACCCCGAAAAAGGGACCAUCACGAUUUCAGAUACUGGUAUUGGAAUGACCAGAGAAGAUCUAAUAGACUGCCUUGGAACUAUUGCUCAAAGUGGCACUUCUAAGUUCUUAAAUGCUCUCAAAGAGAACAAGGAUCUUGGAAGUGAUAACAGUUUGAUCGGUCAAUUUGGUGUCGGUUUUUAUUCGGCUUUUUUGGUUGCCGAAAAGGUGUCUGUGUCCACAAAGAGUCCCAAAUCAGACAAACAAUACAUUUGGGAAGCAUCAGCUGAUAGUAGCUCAUACGUAAUUAAAGAAGAAACCGAUCCCGAAAAGCAGCUUCGCCGUGGGACAGAAAUAACACUUUAUUUGAAGGAUGACGACAAAUACGAGUUCACCGAACCAAGUAGGGUUCAAGGUUUAGUGAAAAACUAUUCACAAUUUGUUUCGUUUCCCAUUUACACAUGGCAAGAGAAAUCAAGGACAGUCGAGGUAGAGGAGGAGGAGGAAGCGAAGGAGGGAGAAGAAACACCACCAGAGGGCGAGAAGAAGAAAAAGAAGACUAAAACCGAAAAAUACUGGGAUUGGGAAUUGGCCAACGAAACAAAACCUAUUUGGAUGAGGAACCCUAAGGAAGUUGAAAAGGACCAAUACAAUGAAUUCUACAAGAAGACAUUCAACGAGUUUCUUGAUCCUCUUGCAUACACUCACUUCACCACUGAGGGUGAGGUGGAAUUUCGAAGUGUAAUCUACAUUCCCGGAAUGGCACCAAUGAACAACGAGGAUGUUGUAAAUCCUAAAACGAAGAAUAUACGUCUAUACGUGAAACGUGUGUUCAUUUCCGAUGAUUUCGAUGGCGAACUGUUUCCUAGAUACUUGAGCUUUGUAAAGGGUGUGGUAGAUUCAAAUGAUCUUCCCCUCAACGUUUCACGAGAAAUUCUUCAAGAAAGUCGAAUUGUAAGAAUAAUGCGAAAGAGGCUUGUUAGGAAAACAUUCGACAUGAUACAAGAACUUGCUGAAAACAAAGAGGACUAUAAGAAGUUUUGGGAAAAUUUCGGCAAGUUUGUGAAGUUGGGAUGCAUUGAGGACACCGGAAACCAUAAAAGAAUAACUCCGUUGCUACGGUUUUUCUCAUCCAAGAGUGAGGAUGAGUUGAUAAGCUUAGAUGAAUAUGUUGAUAAUAUGGAUGAAAAACAGAACGCGAUCUAUUAUAUUGCGACUGACAGCUUGAAGAGUGCUAAAUCGGCUCCUUUCUUGGAGAAGUUGGUGCAAAAGGAUAUAGAGGUGUUAUAUUUAGUUGAGCCUAUUGAUGAGGUGGCGAUUCAGAACCUUCAGACGUAUAAAGAGAAGAAAUUUGUAGAUGUGAGCAAGGAAGAUCUUGAGCUCGGCGACACGGAUGAGGUUAAAGAGAGAGAAAACAAGCAAGAGUAUAUCCUUCUUUGUGAUUGGAUGAAGCAACAGCUCGGUGACAAAGUUGCAAAAGUGCAAGUCUCAAACCGUUUAAGUUCUUCCCCUUGUGUUCUUGUUUCGGGAAAAUUCGGGUGGUCUGCUAAUAUGGAACGGUUAAUGAAAGCACAAACUCUUGGUGAUACUUCAACCUUGGAAUUCAUGAGGGGAAGAAGAAUAAUGGAAGUCAACCCUGAUCAUCCAAUCAUCAAGGACUUACAUGCUGCAUGUAAAAACGCCCCAGAAAGCAGCGAGGCGAAAAGAGCUGUGGAUCUCUUGUAUGAAACAGCUUUAAUCGCUAGCGGAUUCACCCCCGAUAGCCCGGCUGAACUAGGUGGCAAGAUUUACGAGAUGAUGGCGGUUGCUCUUGGAGGAAAGUGGGGAAGAGUCGAGGAAACCGAAGCUGCUGCUUAUGAGUCAACUGAAUCAAAUUCAGACUCGACAUCUGAAUCCGCUGAGACCGAAGUUGUAGAGCCGUCAGAGGUGAGAACCGAAACCGACCCGUGGAGUAGUUGAUACGGUUUACAUUUAUGUAUAAACACGGGUCAUUAGCGGCAGAGCGGUUAGUGCCGGGGAGGGAGUAGAAAUUUUGGAUUGAUAUUUUUGUGAUCUGUGAUGAUGUUUCCUUAUUUAACACUUUUUGUGUGCUUUAUUCAGAAUUUUUUUUAGCGGGUCAGGUCAAAACAGGUCGGGUCUAAACGAGUAUUA